AUGGGCGAAAGCUGGUUCCAGAGAGAGUUCCUCACCGGGCGGAGGCUCGCCUUCAACGUCGUCUUCUACGGCAUCCAUUUCGCCCUCUUCGGUUACGGUUGGCACAGUCAGGCCGUCAACUCCAAGCUCGCCGGCCUCAACACCCUCCAGUGGUCGGUCUGGUCCUCCCGUGGUGCCGGUCUCGUCCUGGCCUUCGACGGUGGCAUGAUCCUUGUUCCCAUGCUCCGCAACAUCAUCCGCGUCGUCCGGCCCAGGCUCACAUGGCUGUUCCCCGCCGACGAAAACAUCUGGUUCCACCGACAGGUCGCCUACUCGAUGGCCUUCUGGGCCAUGGUCCACACCACCGCUCACUACGUCAACUUCAUCAGCGUGGAGGAGAGGCAAAUCCGCAAGCAAUCCGCCGUCGAUAUCCACUACCAUCAGGCGGGAGGCAUCACGGGCCAUUUCAUGCUGCUCAUCAUGGUUCUCAUGUACAGCACCGCCCACAACAAGAUUCGCGCCCAAUGCUUCGAGGCUUUCUGGUACACUCAUCAUCUUGCCUUCUUCUUCAUGAUCGGUCUGUACGCGCACGCUACCGGUUGCUUCGUCCGCGACUCUGUCGACCCCGACUACAUCCCGUCCUUCCCUUUCUACUCGACGGAGCACUGCUUGGGCUACGAAAGCUGGAGGGCCACGAUCUGGCCGGGUAUCAUCUACUUCGGUGAACGUGUGUGGAGGGAAAUCCGGGCCCGGAGGGCGACUCGCUUGUCCAAGGUGUUGGUUCACCCCAGCGGUGCUAUGGAGCUUCGCAUCAUCAAGCCGAGCUUCAAGUAUGUCGCCGGACAGUGGUUGUUCAUCCAGGUGCCUUCCGUUUCCAAGUGGCAAUGGCACCCCUUCACUAUCACCUCCGCUCCUGAGGACCCUUACGUCUCGGUGCACAUCCGUCAAGUCGGUGACUGGACUCGUGGUUUGGGAGAAAUCAUUGGCGCCGGCCCUAACGUCGUGGCGUCGCUCACCCAGGCUGCGAUGAAGGGACAGGAGAAGGACGAAAAGCUUACCAUGAUGGGCGCUACACGUGGCGACUUCGUCGAGAUUGACUCUGGUCGAUCCCUUCCGGUGGUUCGCAUCGACGGUCCCUACGGUGCACCUGCCGAAGACGUGUUCAACGUCGAGGUCGCUGUCCUCAUCGGCGCCGGCAUCGGUGUUACUCCAUUCGCCUCCAUUUUGAAGCACAUCUGGUACAGGCAGAAGCGGGGCAACGUCGGCUCACUCCGUCGUGUCGAGUUCUUCUGGGUUUGCCGCGACGCUCCGUCGUUCGGUUGGUUCCAGAGCUUGUUGCAAGAGGUUGAAGCCGCCCAGGCAGACCCGAACUUCCUUCGCAUCAACAUCUAUCUCACCCAGAAGAUUGGCGACGACAUGCUGUGGAACAUCGCCGUUAACGAUGCCGGCGCAGAAUACGACCCUCUCACCCUUCUCCGUACCCGGACGAUGUUCGGACGCCCCGAUUGGAAGAGCAUCUACGGCCGCAUGAAGCAAGCCAUCGAGGGUGGUCAGUACAUCGCCGGCAGCAACUCGCAGCUCCGGACCACCGUCGGUACAUACUUCUGCGGUCCCAGUGUACUGGCGAAGGCGAUCAAGGAGGCUACUGUUCAGCACACCUCCUCCCAAGUCAACUUUACGUUCGCCAAGGAACACUUCUGA